UUGAAUAACAUUAGAGCGGGGUGCUUCGAAACACCGCAACGGAGUCUUCGUCUUCGUCUUCGACUCUUCGUCUUCGACUCUUCGUCGUCGUCCACUGUCUGCACUCACUCUUCAAGUUCUACCUCCUCUAAUGGUAUCGCUACUAUUCACCGUGGUUGCAGUCGUGGAUCACUCUUGAUUUCCAACUAUCUAAGUGCGUGCGCAUCGCGCAUACCCUACCCUAGCGAUCAAAAAUGGUUUCUAGAUCUAUACAUCGCACUUGGCUUCUAAUUGUUGCGGCAUGCUUGCCACUAUUGCUGAUUCCCCAACCAGCUCUUUCCCAAACUCCUCGCCCUAAGAACGUUCAAGCUUCCCUUCGCGCUAAGUGGUCCGGCACUCCUUUGCUUCUAGAAGCUGGUGAAUUGUUAUCGAAAGAAGACCAACGGCUUUUCUGGGACUUUAUUGAGGUUUGGCUUAAUGCUGAUGAGGAUGCAGGUGGUUCUCAUUCGGCGAAAGAUUGCCUUAAGAAGAUUCUAGAACAUGGGCGCCCUCUUUUGAGGGAACCUUUGGCCUCAUUGUUUGACUUCUCUCUUAUGCUGAGAUCAGCAUCCCCUAGAUUGAUCCUUUACCGCCAGUUAGCGCAGGAGUCCCUCUCUUCGUUUCCUCUUAGUGAUGAUGAUAGUUUCUCGGAAAAUGACAAGAUUGGAGAGAACAAGUUCAAUCCCCUUCAUGAUGGUGUGGACCUCAGGAGCCCUCAAGGCAAAUGCUGUUGGGUGGAUAAUGGUGACCAGUUGUUUUUCGAUGGAUUCGUUUCAGAGGCCUGAAGUCUUUGAUUUUGAUCAUGUUCAUUUUGAUUCGGGCUUCGGAAGUCCAGUUGCUAUCCUCUAUGGUGCUCUUGGGACUAGUUGCUUUAAGGAAUUUCAUGGUGCUCUGGUGGGAGCUGCCAAAGAGGGAAAAGUUAAGUACAUAUUAAGACCUGUGUUGCCAGCUGGAUGCGAAGCAGGUAUCGGCCACUGUGGGUCUCUUGGUGCAAGCGAAUCGGUAAACUUGGGUGGUUAUGGUGUGGAGCUUGCUUUGAAGAAUAUGGAAUAUAAAGCAAUGGAUGACAGCACAAUUAAAAAAGGUGUGACUUUGGAGGAUCCCCGAACAGAAGAUCUUAGCCAAGAAGUCAGAGGAUUCAUAUUCUCAAAAAUUCUGGAGCGUAAACCUGAGUUAACAUCUGAGGUCAUGGCUUUCAGGGAUUAUCUCUUGUCAUCAACUGUAUCAGAUACACUUGAUGUUUGGGAACUGAAGGAUCUGGGGCAUCAGACUGUACAGAGAAUAGUCCGUGCCUCUGAUCCUCUGCAGUCAAUGCAAGAAAUCAAUCAAAAUUUUCCUAGCAUAGUUUCUUUUUUAUCUCGCAUGAAGCUUGAUGAAGCCGUUCAAGAUGAAAUAGUAGCAAACCAGCGUAUGGUUCCACCUGGCAAGUCUUUAAUGGCCCUCAAUGGUGCUUUAGUCAAUAUCGAAGAUGUUGACCUUUAUCUGUUGAUUGACUUGGUUCAUCAAGAUUUGUUGUUAGCUGAUCAGUUCUCAAAAUUGAAGAUUCCUCAUAGUACUGUACGGAAACUGCUGUCAACUUCACCUCCUUCGGAAUCUAGUACAUUUCGUGUUGAUUUUCGUUCUACUCAUGUUUAUUAUCUUAACAACUUGGAAGAAGAUGCUAUGUACAAACGAUGGAGGAGCAAUCUAAAUGAGAUCUUGAUGCCAGUCUUCCCUGGGCAGCUACGUUACAUCCGUAAAAAUCUUUUCCAUGCUGUUUUUGUUCUUGAUCCAGCAACCAGUUGUGGUCUUAAGUCAAUUGAUAUGAUAAUUUCCUUGUAUGAGAAUAAUGUUCCUAUGAGAUUUGGGAUCAUCCUGUAUUCUUCAAAGUACAUCAUGCAGUUAGAGAACCACUCUACCAAAGAUGGUGAUAAAUUUGAGGAGGAUAUAUCAGAUAUGAUCAUACGUCUCUUCAGCUAUAUCAAGGAGAACUAUGGAACUCCAUUGGCUUUCCAGUUUUUGAGUAAUGUUAACAAAUUACAUACGGAAUCAGAUGGUCAUGCAGAUGAUGCUCUUGAACUUCACCAUGUUGAAGGGGCAUUUGUGGAAACAAUAUUACCCAAAGUAAAAUCCCCACCUCAAGAGAUGUUACUAAAGCUAGAGAAGGAGCAAAAGUUGAAGGAAUUGUCACAUGAAAGCUCCAUGCAUGUAUUUAAGCUUGGCUUGUCUAAGCUUGAAUGUUCUUUGUUGAUGAAUGGGCUUGUUAUUGAUCCCAAUGAGGAGGCUUUAUUUAAUGCCUUGAACGAAGAAACUCAGAGAAUACAGGAAGGUGUGUAUUUUGGACAAAUAAAUUCUCACACUGAUGUAUUAGAUAAGUUCCUAUCAGAAGCUGGUAUUCAACGAUAUAAUCCUCAGAUUAUUUCUGAUAACAAACCAAGGCUCAUAUCUUUGUCUACGUUUAUUUUUGGAGAGGGAUCUAUACUGAAUGACAUUGACUACUUGCAUUCUCCUGGAACAAUGGAUGAUCUGAAACCCGUAACACAUCUUGUUGCUGUUGAUGUCACUUCAAGUAGUGGGAUAAAAUUACUUCGGCAUGCCUUAAAUUACCUGGUUAGUAUUGUGUUGUUUCGGUUGAAAAUUAUUGUACUUUUGAAGCUUUCCCUUUUUCUUGUUUUUGGAAUAACUACAUCCUCAUAUAGCCAUAAGAAGAAUGUAUUGGAUUUCUUGGAUCAGCUAUGCUCAAUCUAUCAGCAGAAGUACUUCCAUACAUCAGCUGUUGAAGUUGAUGGUACUCAAGCAUUUAUUAUUAAGGUCUCUGAGCUUGCUGAAGCCAAUGGGCUACCAUCUAAGGUCUAUGAAUCAUCCCUUUUAGAAUUUUCUGCCGAUGAAGUGAGAAGGCAUUUGAGUAAGGUGGAAAAUUUUUUGUACAGAGCACUUGGGUCUGAAUCUGGUGUCAAUGCUGUCUUUACUAAUGGAAGGGUGACUUAUCCUAUUGCCGAAGGAACAUUUUUGAGUGCUGAUAUGCAUCUUCUUGAAUCAAUUGAGUUUAAGCAAAGGACAAAGCAUAUUGUGGAAAUUAUUGAAGAAGUGAAAUGGCAGGAUGUUGACCCUGACAUGCUGACAAGCAAAUUCAUCAGUGAUAUCGUCAUGGGCCUAUCCUCUUCAAUGGCUACACGGGAAAGGAGUUCUGAAAGUGCGCAUUUUGAGGUUUUGAGUGAUCAACAUAGUGCCAUUAUUUUGAAUAAUGAAAAUUCUAGCAUUCAUAUUGAUGCCGUUCUUGAUCCUUUAAGUCCAACCAGCCAGAGAUUAUCUGGAAUUCUUCGAGUACUAUGGAAAUAUAUUCAGCCAAGCAUGAGGAUUGUACUAAAUCCAGUGAGUUCCCUUGCUGAUCUUCCUCUGAAGAAUUACUACAGAUAUGUAGUACCCACUAUGGAUGAUUUUAGUAACACUGACUCUUCAGUAAAUGGCCCAAAAGCUUUUUUUGCCAACAUGCCAUUGUCUAAGACCCUGACCAUGAAUCUUGAUGUUCCUGAACCCUGGCUUGUUGAACCUGUCAUUGCAGUUCAUGACUUGGAUAACAUUCUGCUUGAGAACCUUGGUGAUACAAGAACAUUGCAAGCAGUUUUUGAACUUGAAGCUCUUGUCCUCACAGGUCAUUGCUCUGAGAAAGAUCAUGAUCCUCCUCGAGGUCUUCAGCUAAUUCUUGGAACCAAAAGCACACCCCAUUUAGUUGAUACCCUUGUGAUGGCCAAUCUUGGCUAUUGGCAAAUGAAAGUCUCUCCUGGGGUUUGGUACUUGCAGCUUGCUCCUGGCAGAAGCUCUGAGCUUUAUAUUUUAAAGGAUGGUGGUGAUGGAAAUCUGGACAAACAAUCAUCAAAACUCAUUACUAUUAAUGAUUUACGGGGUAAAGUUGUUCACAAGGAAGUAGUUAAAAGAAAGGGCAAGGAGAGUGAAAAAUUGCUGAUACCUGAUGAGGGUGAACAAGAUAAGAACGAAGGAGGUAGCUGGAAUUCCAACUUUCUAAAGUGGGCUUCUGGCUUCAUUAGUAGCAAUGAACUAUCCAAAAAAGCUGAAAGCAGUUCAUCAGAUAAAGGAAGCAGUGGACGGCAUGGAAAAACUAUUAAUAUAUUUUCAAUUGCAUCUGGACACUUAUAUGAACGCUUCACAAAGAUUAUGAUUCUAAGUGUACUAAAGAAUACCAAUCGUCCGGUUAAAUUCUGGUUCAUAAAGAACUACCUCUCUCCUCCCUUUAAGGAUCUGAUUCCCCACAUGGCCAAAGAGUAUGGUUUUGAAUAUGAGCUAAUCACGUACAAAUGGCCUACAUGGUUGCAUAAGCAAAAGGAAAAGCAGCGAAUAAUUUGGGCAUAUAAAAUCUUAUUCCUUGAUGUCAUCUUUCCCCUUUCCUUGGAGAAGGUCAUUUUUGUGGAUGCUGAUCAAGUUGUAAGGGCUGACAUGGGAGAACUCUAUGACAUGAAUUUAAAAGGAAAACCUCUGGCAUAUACUCCGUUUUGUGAUAAUAAUAAGGAAAUGGAUGGAUAUCGAUUUUGGAGACAAGGUUUCUGGAGGGAUCAUUUGCGGGGAAAACCAUAUCAUAUUAGUGCUUUAUAUGUUGUUGAUCUGAAGAAGUUCCGAGAGACUGCAGCUGGAGAUCAUCUUAGAGUUUUCUAUGAAACCCUUAGCAAGGAUCCAAAUAGUCUAUCCAACUUGGAUCAGGAUCUCCCUAAUUAUGCUCAGCAUAAUGUGCCCAUCUUCUCUUUGCCACAAGAAUGGCUAUGGUGUGAAUCAUGGUGUGGUAAUGCUACAAAAUCCAAGGCAAAGACCAUUGAUCUGUGCAACAAUCCCAUGACAAAAGAACCCAAACUUCAGGGUGCUAGACGAAUAGUGUCCGAGUGGCCAGACCUUGAUUUGGAGGCAAGAAAGUUCACUGCACGAAUCUUAGGUGAUGAUCAAGAAACCAUGCAAUCGCCAAAUCAAUCAAACGAUAUGAGUAGUGAUGAUUCUUUGCAAGUAGACGCGGAAUCCAAGGCUGAGUUGUGAAAAUGAUAAUUGAAACGCUUUAUGCAAGUUAUUUAAAAACAAUCAGUGAUCCUUGCUGCAGCUUGGCACCGCGUAGCAUCAUGAUAUCUCUCUUACCAAAGUGUGCCUGCAGAUGAAUUGGCAGCCAGUUUUCCAAACACAAUAACAACAGCGAAAUGCAAUAAGAUUUUGCCUUCUCUGUUUGCCAAUUCCUGGUUCACAAGAGAUUUUGAUUAGACAGAAAUGAUAGUGAAUUUAAAUCUUGUGUUCAAUGUAACCAUUUUGGACAUAGCUACCAUUAAUUAUGUAUACCAUUAACCAUUAGCAACCCCUCCAAUCCCUACUACCCCAACCUUUAACUUGGUAUGCACCCGGCUGUUGGAAAUUUUCAUUGUCCUUUGUAUGGCAACGGUAGUCUAGCUUUAUUUAUCAUUAUGCUAAUUAUUGUUACCUGAUUUUGCA